AGCGGCCCGAGGUCGGCGCUAACCGGUACCAUGACUCAGCGGCGCCCCGCCCCGGGGUAAUUACGUACUGCGCAGUUGCAGCGGUCCAGACCGGGACAAAGGCCGACGGAGGGGCACGAGCUGCACUGCGUCCACCGGCCGGGUCAGUGGACAGAGCGGGUGGUCCGACAGUGUGUGGACGGUACUGAGCUCUGUCCACCGGAGCCGACCACGGCGGAGGCGGCGAAUAUCAGAUGGAGAUGACAGAUGUGCGUGAAGACCUGGCCGCCCUUCGCCGGGAGGUGGCCUCACUGAGCAAAGUGGUGGCCGGUGCGGUGGUCCGCCUGGAGCAGGCAGUUAUCGAGGAGCGGACCACUCGCCAGACCGUGGUGGAGGAUCGCUACGGUUUGGCGUGUGGCGUGUUUCUACUCGGUUUGGCGUGUUUCUACUGCGUCCGCCGGCGAGCGGCGCCAUCCGGCCGUCCCCAGGGAGCUAGAAAAAUGGCCAAUGACGUCAUGAUACAGACGGAGCCCCAGCCAUCGGCAGUCAGUGACGUCAUAGUACAGACGGAGCCCCAGUCAUCGGCACACAGUGACGUCACAGUACAGACGGAGCCCCAGCCAUCGGCAACUUGUGACGUCACGGUACAGACGGAGCCCCAGCCAUCGGUCGCCAGUCUAUUCAACACGCUUGAGGAGGCGCUCGGCCUUGUAACCAUGACGACGUUUGACGCUCCGUCGGCCCUUGGCGAGGAUCAGCUGACGGCGCUCCUGCAGAGUCUUCCCCAAUUGGAGGAGCUGACCGUCAGGGUCCCGUCCUUCGGAACGGGGCGGUGGCUGCGGCUGCUGCCGACGUCACUGAGGACGCUAUACGUUGCCGGGCCGGAGGUGACGAAGUCGAGGUGGCCGGGACGGUACGGGAGUGGUCUGUCGGUAUCUCUCCAGGGGGUGGCUGCCGAUACCAUCAGUCACCUGGCCACGGAGCUGGGGUCACGGAUUACCCUACUAGACACAGAUGCACAAGUUACUACUAUUCCAAGUCAACUUCGUGGUGCCAUCAUCAGGGUGGGCCCAAACACUAUCAUCCUUCCGGCCGGAGUCGGUGACAGCGAGCUGACGGAGCUGCGGAGCUCACGGGAGACUGUGGAGCGGCUGUCAGUCUCCGCCGCCGACCUCCCGCGACUGAGGGGGCAGCUGCCGGAGGGCCUCAGGCGCUUCAAUGUCAGAGGGCCGGAGGUGACGGAGCCGAGGUGGCCGGGACGGUACGGGGAUGGUGUUCUGUCAGUUUCGCUCCAGGGGGUGGCUGCCGACACCAUCAGUCACCUGCCUGACCUGGGACGGACGGUCAACCGACUGGAGAUAUACGAUUGUACUGAUCUCACGGCCGGCAGCCUGGAGCCCUUCACCAGGUGCCCUGAGCUGCGAUGCCUAUCAGUCUCCGCCGCCGACCUUCCGCGACUGAGGGGGCAGCUGCCGGAGGGCCUCAUACUCCUCAAUGUCAGAGGGCCGGAGGUGACGGAGCUGAGGUGGCUGGGAGGGUACCCGUGGGGCGGUCUGUCAGUGUCGCUCCAGGGGGUGGCUGCCGACACCAUCAGUCACCUGGCUGACCUGGGACGGACGAGACAGGUGUGA